GCAAACGCCAGAAAGAGGAAAAGCCCCGAGCAAUGCAUCCAAAAAGACUUAAGCCCUGAGAAGACAAAAAUGAAUCCUAAAAAGACAUAAAAACACACAGUCCUCAAAUCAUUUUGGAGAAGAAUGGUGCCAGAGAUGAAAAAUGGAAGAAUGAAACAUUGAACAAAAUAAAAUCUUUGGAGAAAAUGGUGAAGAGUAUAGCAGCUAACAUGGAAGAGAAGACUAGAAAAGUGUUAAGUGAGAUACAAGAGUUCAGAAAGGAAAACCAGAAACAAUGGGGAUUGGUUGAGGAAUGCCUGAAAAAUGCUGGCAUUUUGGGGAAAACACAAAGUAAGGAAUCCAGCAAGAAAGACACUCAGUUUCCAAGUUUUGAUUUAGGCAUUGAUCUACAUUGUACACCACAGACUGCUCAUAAAAAGGAAGGUCAAAAUUUGGAACAAGAUAAGACUGGAGACUGUGUAAAGGAGAAGGGAGAAGACAUGGACAUUGAUUGGAUGAAUGGGCUGUUGACUGAGGCAAACACUGAUCACAAUUGCCCGGAAACUAUGCACGUGGUUGAAGCUGAUUUGGGAACAUUACAUAAAAUCAAUGACCAGAAAGGCAUUGACAAUAAAGUCAUUGACCAGCAGGCGAUGGAAGAUGGUUUGGAGGAAGGCCAGAAAAUGGAGAGUGUCAUUGACAAUGUGGAAACAGCAUCACAAGCUGCUCGGGCAGCAGAGGAUUUGGAUCCAGCCAUUUGGGACAUUGGUCCUUACUCUGAACAACCAAAGGUCGUAGAGGGUAUCAUCAGUUAUUUGUUUCCCACUGAACAACCACAUCUCCUAAAUGAUGUUCCCACUGAACAACCACAAGUCCUCACUGAUAUUCCCACUGAACCACCACAAAUCGUCAAUGAUAUUCCCAAUGAACCACCACAAAUGCCCAAUGUUGUUUCCAUUGAACCACUCCAAGUCCUCACUGAUAUUCCCACUAAACAACCACAAAUCCUCAAUGAUAUUCCCACUGAACCACAACAAGUCCUCAAUGAUGAUCCUAGUGAUGGUAUAGAUGCUAAACCACAGCUCAAUGUUGGUCAACUUGAGGACAUUCAGGAUGAACAAGCCGAAGGCCCUGAUGCUGAAGAACAACACCCUAAGGAUAUUGCCAUUGACCAACCAGAAGACAAUACAAGACAGAAGAGGGUUGUGAAAUGCCCAGAUAAGUUUACUCAUUUUGACAAAAAAUUAAAGACAAGAAAGGCAAAGAGCAGACAAGGACCACAGACAUCUAAACAGAAAGCCACAGAUGGUGGUGAUGACAAUUCGCAACCCAACAAUGUGGAGGCCGAAGCAGGCAUGGCAGAAAGUCAUCCCGAAGGGCUGAAAUUAGCAUUAACUACUGAGAAUGUGGAGUUGUUUUUAGCACAAGUAACAGACAGCCUAUUUGUCAGUCUAUUGAAGAAAGAAUAUGACAACUACUUGGGAAAAAGGAAAACCAUUGCUGAAGCAACAUUGAACACUUCAAUACUGAAACCAAUCGUAGGGGCUGUGCCAGAAUUGGGAGGACGCUGGGCAGAAUGCGAUUACGUUUACAUGCCAAUCAACACUGGAAACCAGUGGAUACUGGCUGUGCUUGACAUAUCAAAGAAAUGCAUCAGGCUGGUGAGUUGUGGCAUAUUCGUUGUAAAGAUGGCUGAGCAUCUAAUCAUGGGGAUGGAAGUGGAUGAAGUGGAUGUUGCAGGCAUUGAGAGUUUCAGGAAAAAAAUUGCAACAGAAGUGCUGUUAUAUGCAAACAGGAGGGCUGACCAAGAGGGCUGAGCAUUGGCAUGGGAAAUGUAACCAAGUUUAAAAAACUUUUAUGUUUAAGUAUGCUGUUGUAGUAGUUGCACUAUGGGUUUUAAGUGCAGUAUCAGUACUUUUCCUAUUAUUAGUAAUAUGGGUUGUAAGUGCACUAUCAAUACUUUUUAGACAGAAUCUUGUAAUAUGGUUGGUGAUUGAAGUAAUCACAUUACUUUUUUGGAUAAAAUUGGGGCACAGUAAUAGAUGAAACUUUUUUUAAAAGGGGAGUAAACAAGUAACCUUUAA